CCAUAUUUGCCGGUGCUGCUCUGCUGUAAACAAAAAGUGUCUGAGGGAGACAGAGACGCUUCAUUGGAUUUUAGGACGAUUUUUAUUUCUUUAAUUUACAAUGUCUUUAGGAAUGUCUUACAAGCCCAACCUCCAUCAGCAUGUUCUCGGAACUUCCGUGAACCAAGUUGCUGUUGUUCACUCUACUUCAACAAGCAUAUCAACACUACAAUCUUACAGGCCAGUAGUGAAUGACUAUGGACCACCAUCUUUCAGCUUUUCACAGAGUUCAAGUGGAAGUCAAGUGCCUCAGAGUAAAUAUGCAGAACUGCUAUCCAUUAUUGAAGAGCUUGGGAAGGAGAUAAGACCAACUUAUGCUGGGAGCAAAAGUGCCAUGGAGAGACUAAAGCGAGGUAUCAUUCAUGCCAGGGGGCUUGUACGUGAAUGCUUGGCAGAAACAGAGAGAAAUGCAAGAUCCUAACAGGCAAAGUGCAAUGUAAUUGAAUUUAAUUGGACCAACUCUCCAGACUGAAGAUCUACAAGACUCAAAAGACAAAGCUCUUGGUCAAUACUUUUAUUGGACCGAUAAAAACUAAACGUUUUUUUUUUUUUACUGCGAUGGCACGUUGGGCUUUGACCAAAAAAGUGACCUAUGAGCUGUACUUGACAUGAAUUUCCUGGUUUUAUUUGUGCUCCCCUUGGAAAUGCCUAAUUUCAAUAUUACUUGUAUGAAUAAAAAAUUAUGAAAACAAACAAAAUGCAUGUUAUGUAGCAAUGCCCCUAUCAUUUUAAUGAAACGUGCAUGGAUUUUAUAGUGUAAGGCAUUUUGACAAUGGAUGUGUUCUACCUAUAGCUAAUAUACUUAGUAGCUACUAACUAUAUUACUAUAGUAAAUAUAACAUAUACUAUAAUAGUUACAGUAACCUUUUACUAUAGUAGCUAUAGCAUCUUUUAAACAUAUUUAAGCAUGAGUAACAGCAAAAGGGAUAGGUGCUUUUAACAUGUAUUUACAUACACCUGCGUUGCUUUUAAUUGUAUUUGGUUGCACAAAAACAGUCCGUGGGAAGCCAGAAGUUAUCCAUUUCAUCUUACUGCCGGUGGGCAGGACUGUUGGUAAUUAUGGCGGGGGUAUUUUGAGACAAACUAUCUAAUGGAUGGUAUUAUUCAAUACACUUUCUUGGGGACUUUAUUUUUUGAACAUGGGGUAAGCAGAGUUAAGUGGGUCUACAACAGACACAUGUUUGGAAAGUCUGUUUAAUAAUACGAUUUAGAUAUUUUGUUUAAACCUCCCCCCCCCCCUCCGCCCCAAUGACCAAAAGUCCUGUCCACCGGCACAGUAAGUCUGGCUUCCCACAGACGAUUGUUGUGCAACCCAAUACAAUAGCGAUGCUUUCAAGUGUAUGUACAAAAGGAAUAGUGCCAACCACACUGUUACACACCACAUUAUGGAUAAACUAUUGUACUAAAGUCA